GCCAGCUGUGAUGCCCCACUGUCACUAAGUGAUGACGUCAAGAAAGCCCAAUGGUCACACGCACAGAGCUCCGAGGCGGCCAGUUGAAGCCAGAAGAGAGACCAGUGCAGUCGGAGCGUAAGCCCCGCCAGCCAGCGAGGGGGGAGGGGGGGAAAUCAAGACAUCACGGCGGGUUUAAAAAAAAAGUUUUAUUACUUUUCCGCACCAUGGACGCCCUCACCGUGCACGAAAUGCUCAACUCUACGGAAAUGAGCGCGCUUUUGUGCAAAUGGGGCGUCAGCAACUUGUCGGGUUGUGGUGAGCCUUCAAGAGUGUCAACAGCGGACAGUGGCGUCAAAGAUCUCAACGGUGCCGUGCGGGUCUUCCUGUACUGCGUCAUCUUCCUCAUCGGCGUGGUGGGGAACAGCCUCAUCAUCACGGUUCUCUCUCGGAACCGGCGCAUGCGCACCGUGACCAACUUGUUCUUGCUUUCCCUGGCCGUGAGCGACCUGAUGGUCUCCCUGGUGUGCAUCCCCUUCACCCUCAUCCCCAACCUCAUGCGGACCUUUGUCUUCAGCGACAUCACAUGCAAGAUGGUCAUGUACUUUAUGGGGGUCUCUGUGAGUGUUUCCACCUACAACCUGGUGGCCAUCGCGCUGGAACGCUACAGCGCCAUCUGCAGACCGCUGACCUCCAGGACGUGGCAAACCAAAUCGCACGCUCUGAAGGUCAUCAGCGCCACCUGGCUGACGUCGUUGUUGCUUAUGCUGCCCUACGCCUAUUCCAGCACCCUGACGGCAUUUAAUCGCCGCAACAACACCGGCGGCUUCAUGUGCCGCAUGACGUGGAGUAACGGAAACCUCCUGGCAUAUUGGUAUGUGUCCCUGUUGCUGCUGCUCUUCUUGCUGCCCGGCGCGGUGAUGCUGACUGCCUACGGACUCAUCUCUGUGGAGCUCUACAAGGGGAUCAGAUUCGAGCUGUCCAACAGGACGUCAGCCAGAGACAGACCGGCCAGCUUCGGCAGCCUUCGAGCAAGCGACGGCGACGGCUGCUACCUUCAUUUAAAAAAGAAAAACGGGCCGCAGGGUAUCGGCAAUCCCGGCGCUUACGCGGCGGCGGGCCGCGUGGGCCUCCGAAGCAACACGGCCAACCUGCUGGCCAAGAAGCGAGUGGUUCGCAUGCUCCUGGUCAUCGUCUGCCUGUUCUUUGUGUGCUGGACCCCGAUCUUCGUGGUAAACGCGUGGAAGGCUUUUGACCCGCGCUUGGUCUCCCGUCUGACAGGCGCGCCCAUCUCAUUCAUUCACCUCCUGUCGUACACGUCCACGUGCGUCAACCCCAUCGUCUACUGCUUCAUGAACAAGCGCUUCCGCCAGGGCAUGGUGACCACCUUCUCAUCCUUGCAGCUCAAGGCGCGCGCCAUAGACAUUUGGACCCAGAUCAUCGAGGCCAAAUGGUACGAGGGGCCCGAGGACAGCGCUCUGCACAAGCGCCAGGAGAGGCGCAAGCAAAAGCGCCAACAAAAGCGGCUGGAAAAGCGAGAGAUGAAGGACCGGCGCAGGCUGGCGCGCCGCGGCGCGCCGUCCGCCGCGCCGACCGUCGCGGAGAACGUCCAGGAGGCCUCCCAGCCGAUACCCGAGCAGGUGCUGGAGCAACUUCCCGGGGACGUCCUGGAGCAAGUCCUCGAGCAACUUCCCCAACCGAAUACCGAGCCAUCUGCCGAGCAGAUCGGCGAAACCUUCGUGGAGCUAUACAUUGAUCCGUACCCCGAGCAGGAUGUCGGGCAGACGCCGGAGCAGAACGCCGAGCAAAACAGUCAAGGUGCUCUGGGCGGCCUCAGCAAGUACAUCAGCUUCACCAGCAUUCGCUCGCUGCUGCCACCGGAAUUGGUCUGA